GCCGGCGAGGACCUGAUGGACUGGCUCGGCGCCUCCUUCGGGUUCCAGAGGGACAACGUGCGGAACCAGCGCGAGCACCUGCUGCUCCUGCUGGCCAACGCGCAAAUGCGGGUCUCCUCCUCCUCCUCCGCGGGCUCGCCCGGCGCGCUCGACCCUCGCGUCGCGCGCUCCCUCCGCGAGAAGCUCCUCGCCAACUACACCUCGUGGUGCCGCUUCGUCGGCCGCCCGCCGUCCAACGUCUCCGUCGCCGACGCCGACGCCGACACUACCCGCGCCGACCUGCUCUUCACGGGGCUCAGCCUCCUCGUGUGGGGCGAGGCCGCCAACCUCCGCUUCCUGCCGGAGUGCCUCUGCUACAUCUACCACCACAUGGCGCUGGAGCUGCAUCGAAUCCUCAAGGGCAGCGCCACCAGCCCCGCCGUGCCGGCGCGCGGGCGCGGCGACAACGCUUUCCUCACCCGCGUUGUCACGCCAGUUUACAGCGUCAUCCGCGCGGAGGCCGAGUCCAGCCGCAACGGCACCGCGCCCCACGCUGCCUGGCGGAACUACGAUGACAUCAACGAGUACUUCUGGCGAGGCGACGUGUUCGACCGCCUGGGAUGGCCCCUGGAUCAGGCGCGCUCGCAGCACUUCUUCCGCACGCCACCGAACACGGGCCGCAGCCGCGUCCGCAAGACGGGGUUCGUCGAGGUCCGGUCGUUCUGGAACGUUUACCGGAGCUUCGACAGGCUGUGGGUGAUGCUGGUGCUCUACCUGCACGCCGCGGUGAUCGUGGCAUGGGACGAGCAUGCUGCGACGUGGCCGUGGCAAAGUCUCAUGGCGCACCGUGGGGUGCAGGUGCACAUGCUUUCCGUUUUCAUCACCUGGGCCGGGCUCAACUUCCUGCAGACGCUGCUGGAGAUUGGCACGCAGUUUCGCCGUGCCACCGGCUCCGGGGACAGGGACGGCCGAGUGCUUGCCGUGCGCAUGGUGCUCAAGGCCAUUGUGGCAGCAGGGUGGGUGAUUGCAUUUUCCAUACUGUACAAGGGAAUCUGGAACCAGAGGGACAGCGACCAGAGCUGGUCGCCGGCAACCCAUGCACGAAUCAUGAGGUUUCUGUAUGCGGCCGUGGCGGUGUUUGUGCUCCCAGCGCUCCUUUCCAUGCUGCUCUUCAUUUUCCCCUGCGUGCGGUGUGCAUUGGAGAAGAUAAGCUGGAAAACCUCUUACGCUCUUAGCUGGUGGUUCCACAGCCGCGUCUACGUUGGGCGUGGGCUACGGCAGACCAACACCUUCGACAGUGUGAAAUACUCGGCCUUCUGGAUACUUGUGCUUGCUGUCAAGUUCUCCUUCAGUUACUUCCUCCAGAUCAGGCCACUUGUGACACCCACCAAAGAGAUAUACAGCCUGAGCACGGCCGCAUACGUUUGGCACGAGCUGUUUACCCACAAGAAUCCAUUUGCUGUGCUCUUAUUGUGGUUACCCGUGGUUCUGAUCUACCUCAUGGACAUACAGAUCUGGUAUGUCAUCUUCUCUUCUCUGACCGGCGCAUGGAUGGGGCUUUUCAUGCACCUGGGGGAGAUCAGGGACAUGAACCAACUGCGGCUUCGGUUUCAGUUCUUUGCAAGUGCCAUGUCAUUUAACAUCAUGCCGGAGGAGCAGCACGAGAAUGGACCCAACAACUUUCUCGGCAGGCUUCGGAGUUUCCUGCGUCGGUUGCGGCUACGAUAUGGGCUCUUCUUAUACCGAUCCAUCUCCCUUGAGUCAAAUAAGGUGGAGGAGAGACGGUUUGGGCUUAUUUGGAACGAGAUAAUCGCCAAGUUCCGGGAAGAGGACAUCGUAAGCGAUCUUGAGGUGGAGCUUCUUCAGCUGCUACCUGCGCAACUAAAUGUGCGUGUAAUCCGGUGGCCGUGCUUCUUGCUAUCCAACGAGCUGUCCCUUGCACUUGGUCAGGCAAAGGAAUUCAAAGGAGGAUCUGAUCGCAGGCUGUGGAGGAAGAUCUGCAAGAACGAUUAUCGCCGUUGUGCGGUUAUUGAGGUAUAUGACACCACAAAGUACUUGCUGCCAGAGAUCAUCGAGGACCGAACCGAGGAUCGUCGCAUCGUGACACAGUUGUUCCAUGAAUUCGAUGGAUCCAUGGAAAAGGAGAGGUUCACGGCCGAGUAUAACAUGUCGGUGCUCCAAGAUGUCCAUGCCGAGCUCGUAGCUUUAUUCAGCCUGCUGCUCAAGCCCAACAAUGAUAUGUACGAGAUUGUCAAUGCGCUUCAGACUCUCUAUGAUGUUGUGGUUCGUGACUUCCGGGUCGAGAAAAGAAGCAGUGAGCGGCCCACCAAACCUCUUUUUCUGGACAAAAUCCUGCUGCCUGCUUUUGCUGAGGAGAAUGACACCUUCUACAAGCAGGUGCGCCGGAUGCACACCAUCCUUACCUCAAGGGACCAUAUGAUCCAUGUCCCAAAGAACCUUGGAGCUCGCCAAAGGAUUGCCUUCUUCAGCAACUCAUUGUUCAUGGACAUGCCACGAGCAACCAAGGUAGACAAGAUGAUGGCCUUCAGUGUCCUCACACCGUACUAUGAUGAAGAGGUCCUGUACACCAGAGACCAGCUUUAUAAGGAGAAUGAAGAUGGCAUCUCGUUAUUAUACUAUCUGCAGCAGAUUUACCCGGAUGAGUGGGACUUCUUUGUAGAGCGCAUGAAGCGCGAGGGGAUGUACAGCGAAGAGCAGAGGUCAAGACAUCUCCGGCAGUGGGUCUCGUACAGGGGACAGACGCUAUCCCGCACCGUGAGGGGGAUGAUGUAUUACUAUGAAGCUCUCAAGAUGCUGACUUUUCUUGAAUCCGCAUCUGAACAGCAACAGAGGCCGACGACCUCUGAAUCCGCGUCUGAACAUCCUCCAUUGAUUACUCGAUCGAAGAAGAAUUGUUCAACACCAGUUCUGGCUUCUACUUCCUCUAGCAGCGCAUCUUCUUCACGUGCACCACCAGCACUGAGCAGAGCAGGCAGUGGUGCUGGUGUGAGCUCCUUGUUUCAAGGUAGCGAUUAUCGGACCGCCCCCCUUAUGAAAUACACUUAUGUGGUUGCAUGCCAGCUUUAUGGUCGGCAGAAAGCUAGAAAUGACCCCCGUGCUGUUGAGAUACUGGAGCUGAUGAAGAAGUACGAGGCACUGCGUGUCGCUUACGUUGAUGAAAAACGCUCGGACGCUGCAGGUGCAAGUGAAACAGAGUACUUCUCCGUCCUUGUGAAGUACGACCAACUGGUCCACAGGGAGGUUGAGAUUUAUCGGGUUAAGCUUCCUGGACCGAUGAAGCUUGGUGAAGGCAAACCGGAGAACCAGAACCAUGCGCUCAUCUUCACAAGGGGCGAUGCGGUUCAGACCAUCGACAUGAACCAAGACAACUACUUUGAAGAAGCUCUCAAGAUGAGAAACCUGCUCGAGGAGUUCAAUCCUUAUCGUCCGUCAGCUCGCAAGCCAAAUAUACUUGGAGUUAGGGAGCAUGUGUUCACCGGUUCUGUCUCUUCCCUGGCCUGGUUUAUGUCUGCCCAAGAAACAUGCUUCGUCACUCUGAGUCAGCGUAUCCUUGCCAACCUACUCAAGGUUAGGAUGCAUUACGGCCACCCCGAUGUGUUUGAUCGUCUUUGGUUCUUGGGCCGAGGUGGUAUUAGUAAAGCAUCCAAGGUGAUCAACAUCAGCGAGGAUAUAUUUGCUGGAUUCAAUUGUGCUCUCCGUCGAGGCAACGUGACACACCAUGAAUACAUUCAGGUUGGUAAAGGAAGGGAUGUGGGGCUCAAUCAGAUCUCCAUGUUCGAAGCCAAGGUUGCUGGCGGCAAUGGGGAGCAAACCCUAAGCAGAGAUGUCUACAGACUGGGCCAAGGACUGGAUUUCUUCCGGAUGCUCUCUUUCUUCUACACGACUAUUGGGUUUUAUUUCAACACGAUGAUGGUCGUGCUAACUGUGUAUGCAUUUGUAUGGGGCCGAUUUUAUCUCGCGCUCAGUGGCCUCGAAGACUAUAUCAGCAGCAACACUAGCUCUGUUGACAAUGCAGCCCUGGGGACCGUCCUGAACCAGCAGUUUAUCGUACAGCUUGGCCUGUUCACGGCAUUGCCCAUGAUUAUUGAGAACUCGCUUGAGCUUGGUUUUCUCACGGCAGUCUGGGAUUUCACAAAAAUGCAAUUGCAGUGUGCAUCUGUCUUCUACACCUUCUGCAUGGGAACCAAGACGCACUAUUACGGGCGGACACUCCUCCAUGGAGGCGCAAAGUACCGUCCUACCGGCCGUGGUUUCGUGGUGGAGCACAAGAAAUUUCUCGACAACUAUAGGCUGUACGCCCGCAGCCAUUUCACCAAGGCAAUAGAGCUUGGUGUGAUAUUGUGUCUCUAUUCGUCUUACAGCAACAUCGCAGGGAAUACGCUGGUGUACAUCCUGCUCACGCUCUCCAGUUGGUUCCUAGUAUGCUCGUGGAUUCUCGCCCCCUUCAUUUUUAACCCGUCGGGUUUGGACAGGAGGAAGAACUCGGAUGAUUUUGAGGAUUUCUUCAUUUGGAUUUGGUUCCCGAGUGGAAUUUCAGUCAAGUCUGACCAAUGCUGGGAGAAGUGGUGGGAGGAGGAAUCGGACCAUCUUCGGACCACCGGUGCGUGGGGGCGCUUCAUCGAAAUCGUGUUGAACCUCCGGUAUUUUUUCUUCCAGUAUGCAAUUGUUUAUCGGCUUCACAUAGCCGGUGGGAGUACAAGCAUCCUCGUCUAUGUUCUGUCGUGGACAUGCAUACUGGUGCCUCCGGUGCUUCUUGUCACAGUUACCUACUUCAGAGACAAAUAUUCAGCAAAGAAGCACAUUCGCUACCGGCUUGUGCAGGCUGUUAUUGUCUCUGCCUCUUUGGCUGCUAUCGCCGUCCUGCUUGCACUCACAAAGUUCCAGCUCAUUGACAUUUUUACUAGCCUGCUGGCUUUUCUACCAACUGGAUGGGGAAUCAUAUCCAUUGCUCUGGUGUUCAAGCAGUGCCUGAAGAAGUCUGACACUGUUUGGAAAACUGUGGUUGCUGUGGCACGUUUUUAUGAGAUGAUGUGGGGAUUAAUCGUCAUGGCACCGAUAGUUGCGCUGUCAUGGCUGCCUGGACUCCAGAAAUUGCAGACGAGGAUCCUGUUCAAUGAAGCUUUCAGCAGGGGACUUCAUAUUUCCCAAAUGAUCACUCGCAAAAAACCACAUCAAGUUUAGGGUUCUUUGUAUGUGUAUCUUUGGUGUGAUUUGCAACGUCAGGAGAUCGGGAGGGCAUCACGUCAGCAUAUAGGUUGUUGGGGGUUGUGACCGUUUACUAGGCAGAUGUACUCCAAGCACAGAUGCAAUGAGGCAUGGCUGUGUUGUAAUAGGAUUUGUGAUGCUUGAUUAAAUUAUAACGACUGCUACAAAUCAGCCGCCUGCCCAGCCGUCUGAUUAGACGAACAUAGCACGCUCGAUCAG